AAUCACUAGCCAUUAGAUUUUAAGUUAUUUGAUUCGUCGUUUAAUAGCUAAAAAUGACUACAAGUUCUUACUAUAUAUAUGCUCCUUCAUACACCCAAAUGAAUAGGGUUUGAAGUAAAAUAUUUUCCAACGGUUUGUGGGUGCGGGUCUGGUCCAGGUGGACUCGAACCCAAACCCGAAUGGUGUUCGGGUUCAAGUUUUGGACCUGGAUCCUACUCGCCGAGUCCAAAUUCUGGACUCAUACCUCUACCAGUGUUUGAUAUACCCAACGGGCCCUGGUUGGGUUCGGGUCCAUUGCCAUCCCUAGCCCGAAGGGACGGUCUAGGGCCAAUACUAAUUUUUUUCUUCUAUUUUUUCAUUAAAUUUUUACGCCUGGCCCUAUGGGAACAAUGGCCGGGCUGAGGUCAAGGCCCCUUGCCACCCCUGCUUGACGCUCUUUCACCUCAGUUUUGUUUGCUUGUGCCACUAUGAAGCUAAGGACAAAGAAGGCAAAGUUGUGGUGGCACCAUCAUAGGGAAAGAAGACGACUUGGUUCUCCACCUACGCCACAAAACGCAUUCUCACCUUUGGCUCCACAAUCCAUUAAAACCAGACUUCAAAUUCGGCUCCAUUGAUAACUUAGCUUAUAAACAAAACUUGAAGCCCUUUUUUCACUUGGGGCUCGAAAUGGGUUCCAUGAAUAUGAGCCUAAUGGGUUCCCUCUCAUGGAUCAUCCUCAGUUUGAUGUUCAUGGUGGGCUCUUGCGCCAAGCCCUCCGGUCCGGCCACUGAUAUCUCGAAGAACCUUUGCUUCCCCAAUUUCAUGCUCCAUCAUGGUGAAAUAAAGCUACUGGGGAGCGCCAAGAUUGAAGAAAACCAUGGGAUCAUUCAGAUUCCGGACGCGAAGUCUGAUCUCGCACGCCAAGCUGGCCGAGCUAUCUGCUCGUCGCCGAUUCGCCUCCUCGAUCCCUACACGGGCACCCCGGCCUCCUUCAACACCACGUUCUCCUUCCAGAUACAAAAUCCUGGCGCAGAGGACCGAGGGGCAAGCGGCCUCACCUUCAUCAUCGUUCCGGACGAGGUGACAGUGGGUCGGCCAGGGAAGUGGCUCGGUAUGCUCAAUGACGCCUGUGACGAGGACUACAAGGCCUUCGCCGUGGAGUUCGACACAUACAAGAAUGAAGAGUUCGGGGACCCUAACGAUAAUCAUGUCGGCAUCAACCUGGGCAGCAUUGUUUCUAGCACCACCAUAGACGCGGCACUUGCAGGUGUCACCAUCAGCGACGGCUCCGUGGUGAGGGCCGGGAUAAACUACGAUGGCGGACGCAAGUGGAUCGACCUGCAUUUGGGUCGUGAGGCCACCAUGCGACCCCUUUACUCCGCGCCCCUAGACCUCACCCCCUUCCUAAGGGAGUACAUGUUUGUGGGGUUCUCUGCUUCAACUGGGAACUUGUCUCAGGUCCACAACAUCAUAUCCUGGAACUUCUCCUCAGUAAGCCCGGCCCAUUUGAGGCUCCCCUCAGAUGAGUCCUGUGAGAAUAAGAUUUUUGUGGAAGGUUACCGUGCGCCUUUGGUGAAGAAGAGGGCCCCAGAUGCCUUCUUAAUAUUUGUAGCAGUGGUUUUCCUUUGCCUGAUUGCCCUCCUCAACCUCUGCUGCAAUGGAAAAUUCUCCUCUAAGGAACAAGAAGUGGCGCCGCCCAAGACGCAGCGUCCAAGGCCGCCAAACAAAUCUCGGAGGUUCACUCUUGCAGAGGUAUCGGUCGCCACGAGGUGCUUCAGUGAGGUGGAGUUCCUUGGCCAAGGCUGUCGCGGGGCCUUCUACAGGGGAACGCUGCAGACCGGCUGCAAUGUUGCCAUCAAGCGGCUUUCGCCGCAGUGUCUGCAUCCUGGGGUGGACCGACGCAAGAUCUUGAAGGAAAUAGCUGCCCUGAGUCGAAUUCGGCACCCGAAGAUCGUUCCCAUGCGAGGGUGGUCCUGUGGUAGCAGCGGGGCGAAGCAACAGGAACUCAUGCUUAUCUAUGACUACAUGCCCAAUGGCAGCCUUGACAAGUGGCUCUUCGCACCUGGGGUCCUCCCAUGGACCCGACGCUACAAGCUAUUGAUAGAUGUAGCAGAAGCCCUGGCCUUCCUGCACCAAAAAAAAUUAGUGCACAAGAGUGUCAAGACCAGUAACAUCCUCCUCGAUCUCACUUUCAGAGGUGUUGUCGGGGACUUCGGGCUUUGGUAUUUCGCCUCCAGCGUGAAAAAUCAGCAGGCCCUUGUUCCCCCGGAAAUGGGAUACACGGAUCAGGCUACGGACAAGUACGACGUGUUUGGGUUCGGGAUCGUGGUUCUGGAGAUGGUGGUGGGGAGAAGGUGUGUGAGGAAACAAGGAAAGGGGGGGCUUUUGGAGUGGGUUUGGGGGUUGCAUGAGGAUAAGAGGGUGGAAGAAGCUGUGGAUAAAAGGCUCAGUGUGUACAACUCAGAGCAAGCUCAGAGGGCUCUAGAGAUUGGGCUCAUGUGCACCAUGGAGGACCCAAAGACCAGGCCUUCUAUGGAAGAGGUAGUGGGAUACAUGAACCCAGAGGCCCCAGGACCACCCCUGCCUCCCUUUAGGCCACCAGUGCUGUUUUCCUACCCUAGUGCUACCAAUGUGUGUAGCCUCCAAUCUUGUGCACCACUGGCACUAGGAAGGUCAACUUUCACCAUACACACCAGAAAGUAAUGUGAGGAAGAUGCUUUGAUACUAGGGAUUGUUUAGAUCAUUUAUCUUUUGUACACUAAGAUCACGAUCAUUCUUAUUCCUUAAUGAGUGGUUGUAAAAGCGUAAUUGAAUAGAUAUAAAGUUUUUAAA